AAAACUUUUAAUGUGCAAAAGAUUCAGAUUCAGUAGGUAUAGACAGGAUCUAGGAAUCUGCACUUUCAACAAAUGUCCCCAAGUUAUUCUGAUACAACCAGUCUUUGAAAAUUUUCAACUCUUUCGCCAAACAAUAAUAGCAAGGACCUGAAGGAUGGCAUCACCAGGUAAAUGGUUUAACCAAUAAAAUGUUUUUAUCUCUACCUUGAAAUUGAUUCUCAAGUCAAAUUCCACCUCAAUAUUUGCUGAGUAUUAUUUAAAUUCAUUGGUGUUAACUACUUUUUAAAUUGCUUUUAACCAUUUAAAAACCAUAAUAAUAGCUAUUAUUAUAGGAUAGCUACUAUGUUCCAUAAGCUAUUAUGGCAUUUCUACACGUCUCUUAUUAUCCCAUUUUAUAUGAGUUUCAGUUAAAUAAGUAUAGGUAACUAUCAAGAAGUGAUAGAUUUGAAAAUCAAAUACAUCUAUAUGUUACUAAAGACUCAGUUCUAUCGAGUCUAUCUAUAUCUCCCACUAAUUAUAUCUUAAUAAAAGCAAAACCAGUAAAUAGAAAUCCAGAUUUGUAAAUAAAGACAGGGAUUCUUUCUCUUAAAUUAAAUAUUCCUCACUUCAGAAAAAGACUGGGUGGCUUAGUCAGUUAAGCAUCCAACUUCAGCUCAGGUCAUGAUCUCACAGUUUGUGGGUUUGAGGUGCUGACAGCUCAGAGCCUGGAGGCUGCUUCUGAUUCUGUGUCUCCCUCACUCUCUGCCCCUCCCCCACUCGCGCUCUGUCUCUGUCUCUCAAAAAUAAAUAUUAAAAGAAAAUUUAGAAAAAGACUGCAUGGGAUUUCAUUACAUGAUGAACUUUGACAGUACAAUUUAAAUACCUUAACAAUGGCAUGGCAAUCUGAAAAGCAAAUAUUAGGAGUCCUUUCCAAAGCAAAUAAUCACUGUCUUAAUCAAAAUCACCAAAUAUUAAGAACUGCUUCAGAAUUUACAGAUCUAGCAGUGAUUCUCAAACUGGGCUGAAAAUUAAGAAUCACUUGCAUAGCAUCUUUAAAAAAAAAAAAAUCUAGGCUUCACACGAGUUCUUCUGUAUCACAAUCUCUGGGGUAUGACCUCCAAAUCUUUAUUUUUAUAAAGCUCCCAGGGGCUUCUGAUGAGUAACUAGUGUUCAGAAGGACUGUUCUCCUAACCCCAACAUUUUACAAGUAAAUAAAUUGAGGACCGAAAGGGUACGAUCCGCCUAAAACAUACAACUUGUUAUUAGCACAACAGGUUGGAAAAAACAAUUUCCUAACUCCACAUUUAGUGCUUUUAAUACCAACUCAAACUUUUUUUUGUAAAACUGUACUUUUUUCUUCACUACUGAUUAGGCCCUGCUGAUUACUAUCCUUGAGCAACUUAUUCGCUCAUCUGCAAACUGGGAUUAAUAACAGAGCCCAUCUUUUAAGAGUUGCUAUGAGGAUUAAAUAGUAUAAUAUUGCCUCGCAUAUAUCAAGUGUUCAUUAGAUAGGUUACACAGCCCACUAAAAAAGCAUGCCUUUUUUAGCUGGAGAGGAUUUAUGGAACCACUAUAAUCACAAAAUGAGCAAAAAACUCAUGUUUAGCUUUGGAAGCCCAAAAGGAUUUUAAACUCAGGGUAAGGUGAUGAUCGAGAGCGUGCCUCGUUCUCGCACACCAUUGUUUCUCGUAAAAUGCCCCAGAAUCAUCUAGUGAAUCAGUUUCUACACGACAACCAGUAAUUUGUAUUUUUUUUAAGCUCCUCCCUACCUCCCCCUUACAACCAGGUGCUUCUCAGGCAAACCAUGGUUUAAUAACCUUUAGUAUACACAAUCCUUGGCCACAGCAAAUGGCCUCUCGAAUCCCAGCAAAACUAUCCGGCUCUUUAACCGGAAGAGCAGCGUCAUCACACCCUGAUGCAAACAACAGCUGGGGACGGCUGUGCACAGGAAUCCUGAUCGCUAGGGACGGCCUCGACCCUCUCAUCUCCCAAGAAACUUGGAAAAUUACGAAAGUGCUGUCCCGUAAUCCCCGUGGGUAGACUGUGCUGCCUAGGUGGCCAGGAAGACAUGAAGUUAACUCAACAGCCUCCUUCCCAAAGGUAGGCGCCAGAGAAGAGCGACCCUGGCUGUGAACAGGCCGACCGGCGCCAGAAAGGUUAACGACCCUCUUGCCCCGUUCCUAGCGAUGGCCAAGAGCCUCCACCACGCCUCAGGCCAGCUGCCGGAAGUGCGCCACUCCGGCCUGCUGAGGGUGCCGGGAGUUGUAGUUAACUGGCUACUUCUCUUGCGUCCCAAUUCACCUUCUUCUCAAACAAGCAAAUACCUUGAAACAGUUAAAGAAAGGCUCUUUAUAAGAAACAAAUCCAAUCCUUCCUUUUCCAGCUGGCAAAGGAAACUCUGUCAGAGUUCAUCCGUAAUAUCGGACUACAAGUCCCAGCAUGCUCUGUAAGGCGGCCAGCGCGCCCGGCCACCGUCGUAGGUGUGGGCUGCUUGAAUGGAACGUCGGGCGUAACGCAAAGCCUUACACCGUCCGCGCGGCCGGUACCUGCUCCUCUGGCGUGAGUGCGGCGCGUGGGUCGUGCGCGUGCGCGCUCGCCGGAGGCGCGGGGCGGGUGCACCGGGCCGUUGCGGGCGCGAGGCUGCUGAGGUUGGCGGCAGCGGUGCCGCGCGCCCGUAAGACCGGUAGUUGCGGGGCCUCUCGCUUCGCCCCGGGCUGCUGGCAGCCGUGGCGGCCACCGGAGACCGCAAGGGGCGGAGGAAAGCAGGGGGCGGCGGGGGCCAGCCUCGACACGCAGAGGAUCAGCCGAGCAUGCCCCGAGACAACAUGGCCUCCCUGAUCCAACGGAUCGCCCGCCAGGCGUGUCUCACCUUCCGGGGCAGCGGGGGCUGCCGCAGCGCUUCCGACCACGGCGCGGCGCCGGGCUCCGAGGCCCCUAUGCCUCAGGGCUUCCCGGAGAACCUGAGCAAGCUGAAGAACCUGCUGACCCAAGUCCGCGCGGAGGACCUGAACAUCGCCCCGCGCAAGGCCACGGUGCAGCCGUUGCCGCCCAACCUACCACCGGUCACCUAUAUGCACAUCUACGAAACCGACGGCUUCAGCCUCGGCGUGUUCCUGCUCAAGAGCGGCACGUCCAUUCCGCUUCAUGACCACCCGGGCAUGCACGGCAUGCUCAAGGUGCUCUACGGCACAGUGCGCAUCAGCUGCAUGGACAAGCUGGAGGCGGGCGGCGGGCAGCGGCCACGGGCCCCGCCGCCAGAGCAGCAGUUCGAGCCGCCGCUGAAAGCCCGGGAGCGGGACGCCGUGCGGCUGGGCGUGCUGCGCUCGAGGGCCGAGUACACCGAGGCCAGCGGCCCCUGCGUCCUCACCCCACACCAGGACAACCUGCACCAGAUCGACGCUGUGGACGGGCCCGCCGCCUUCCUGGACAUUCUGGCCCCGCCCUAUGACCCGGACGAUGGCCGGGACUGCCACUAUUACCGGGUGCUGGAGCCUGUCAGGGACAAGGAGCUCUCCGGCUCGGCCUGCGACCUGCCCCGAGAGGUGUGGCUCCUGGAGACCCCUCAAGCCGAUGACUUCUGGUGCGAGGGGGAGCCCUAUCCAGGUCCCAAGGUCUUCCCUUGAAGCCGCCAGCGCCCGGUUGCCGUGGGGCGAAGACGUGCCCUGUUCACAUCUGGGCCUGGCUACCCUCGACCCACCAUAAGGGCUCUCUCCCUACCCGCAGGCCUGGGCUUUGGAUCUACUGGAAUGGGCUGUAGCUGCUUUCUCCGGAGCCGUGGGAAGCACUGGCGACUGGAGUGCAGCCGCGGGGUCGGGUUAAGGGGCGGGGAAGGCUAGUAGACUAGGUUGUUUCCUGGCUCUGUCACUGCCAUUGGGGUUUUGAUUUGGGGGAAAGGGGGGCAGGGGACUAUCUGAAGCGCUUCCAUCCUAAAGCCAUAAUGAAAAUAGUCUUUUCUCUGUUCUUUAUACUAUACAAAAUACACUAAAAGCCCCCACACCCCCUACCCCGGGUAAAUAGGAUUUGUUUUCCACCUAUGUCCCUUUUACUCCUUAUUGCUAUAAUUCUAAUUUAUUGAUUGCAUGACCCAGUGGUUUGAAUUGUUUUUAGUUCAAGUCACUGGUAAAAACUAGGUUUAACAAGAUGAGCUACUAUGUAAAGUGAAAAUUAGAUCAUUUUUCCAGAGUUGGAGUAUCACCCCCAAAGCAUAACUAUGCAUGUAGAGGACAAGAUUUGUUUUCUUUCCUCCUCUUGCCCGGUAGCCACAUCUGGUUUACUCUGGCAGCAUCUACCAAGAAAUCCAGCGCCUGCAUAUCUCAGUGACAGAUGAUCACCUAGAGCUUAUUGUCCCCUUGAGUCUCCAGAUCUGGGAGUUAAGCAGAUUUCUUGUUGCAGAUUCACCUUUAAUGCAAAAACUAUAUUACCUUCAAAUGACUUUUUUCAUUUUGGAGGGAGGGUCUUCGUGAGCUUUAAGAGGCGAUAGGUUAAUUCUGGGUUUUCUAACCAGAAGAUUCAAAGGAGCUGAAUCGCCAUGCUUCCAAACAACUGAAUGUAAAACACUUCUAGCCAGUUGUUGAAUUCCAUGCCCCUGUUUACUUCCAGUAUUUUCCUGCAAAAAUAGAGAAAAAUGUUGAUGACUGUUUCAAAUUCUCAGGAGCUCUAAUGUUCCAGAAGGCUGCUGGUUCCAGCUGUGUUGUUUUGAUGGCAGUGUUCUCCCAACAGUAGUGAGCCAGAGCUUGCCUCAUCUGGUGUGGUUUCUAUAGGAAGAGAGAAGGCACACAUGAUCAAGGCUACAGAAUAGAGAAUUACCUAUACUCCUGGCCAUUUUAGGGCACCAGAAUGAAGGACAAAACACUAACCAACCUCUUAAACAGUUGUGCUAUCUGUAACUAGUUUUAUUUUUGUCCUUUCGGUAAGCUCAGCAACUUUACCUUGUUUACAAAUGUAUUUACACCAUUUGCUUCAGGCUAUGGAGCACUAUUGUUUCCCUCUUUUUACUAUUUAUAGGAUUCCUUUUUCACAACACUUUUAAUAAAAACAAACUGUAGAAAUAAACACAUUAAAAUCUG